AGGGGCGGAGCCGUCAGCUCACCUGUGCCGCGGCGGAAGCGGCCGCCGGUCAGUGUGACCCCAUCGGCGGCGGAGACGCGGCCGUGCGCCCCGGGGCCACCAUGACCUGGAGCGCCACGGCGCGGGGCGCGCACCAGCCCGACAACACUGCGUUCACCCAGCAGCGCCUCCCGGCCUGGCAUCCGCUGCUGUCGGCCAGCAUCACGCUCCCGCUCUUCUUCUGCGCCGGCCUGGCCUUCCUGGGGCUGGGCCUGGGGCUGUACUACUCGUCCAAUGCCAUCCAGGAGCUGGAGUACGACUACACGGGCGACGCGGACGAGGGCAGCUGCGCCACGUGCGCCACCGAGGACCAAGGCCGCGCGCCCCCGCCCCGCUGCUCGUGCAGCUGGUACUUCACGCUGUCUGAGCUCUUCCCGGGCCCCGUGUACCUCUACUACGAGCUGACGGGCUUCUACCAGAACAAUCGGCGCUACGGCGUGUCCCGCGACGACGCGCAGCUCAGCGGGCUGCCCAGCGCGCUGCACCACCCGGCCAACGAGUGCGCCCCCUACCAGUACUCCGCCGGCCUGCCGGUGGCGCCCUGCGGCGCCGUCGCCAACAGCCUCUUCAACGACACCUUCACGCUGUGGCACCGGCGCCAGCCCGACGCGCCCUACGUGGAGGUGCCGCUGGACCGCUCAGCCAUUGCCUGGUGGACCGACUACCACAUCAAGUUCCGCAACCCGCCGCUCGUCAACGGCAGCCUGGCGCUCGCCUUCAAGGGCACCGCGCCGCCCCCCAACUGGCCCGUGCCGGUCUAUGAGCUGAGCUCAGACCCCAACAACACCGGUUUUGUCAACCAGGACUUCGUGGUGUGGAUGCGCACAGCGGCGCUGCCCACCUUCCGCAAGCUGUAUGCGCGCAUCCGCCAGGGCAACUACUCGGCCGGGCUGCCCAGCGGUGCUUACCGCGUGGACAUCGCCUACAACUACCCGGUGCGCGCCUUCGGUGGCCACAAGCUCCUCGUGUUCAGCAACAUCUCGUGGAUGGGCGGCAAGAAUCCCUUCCUAGGCAUCGCCUACCUGGUUGUAGGCUCCCUCUGCAUCGUCAUGGGCUUCGUCAUGCUGGCCGUCUACAUUCGCUAUCAGGACCAGGACGAUGACGACAACGACGAUGAGUGAGACCAGCUCUCUGAGGACCCUUUCGGCUUCUUGCCAGAGGCCUUGAGAGCUCUCUUGAGCGUCUCCUUAGCGCCCCUCACCCAGUCUCUUGAGCUCACCUCACUUUGCCUGCUGUUGUGGAUGAAGGGCCCAGAGAAAGGGAUUCUCCUCUUGGGGCUGCCAGGCUCUCCGAUGGGCCUGGGGGGAGGGGAUUGCAGUGUGAGGGAAACCUUGCAAAUUCUCCAUCUACUUCAUGUUUUACCAAAUUGACAUGUCAGGUUCUCAAAGACUAGAAUUUUAGAGCCCAAAAGAACCUAGAGGCUACUGCAACGAUCCUUAUGGAACAGGUGAUUAAGAGACCUGGGAUGUUCAAUUCAAUUUCAGCCAGCCAGCCAGUGACACCCGACUCAGGCAAUAGUUUGGCUUGGGCGUGGGGUGUAGGGCCUGGUGGGUGAUUGUAAUCGAGAGUGCAGCCCACGAUUAAUCUACAGAAACACGGAGAGCUGAGGAGAAUAUGCUCGUUAAGCGUAGAUUACCACCAGCCCCCAGCCCUGACACACCAAGACUGGCACGAAUCACUCCAAGCUGUGCUUAACCAGAUCCUCUGGAGUUUCCUGUGUUUCUUCGAAGUCUGGGAUUGCACUCUUGGCCUGAAGCAGUAAUCUGAGUUCACAGUAACCCGGGUUCACUUUUUCAGCUAGUAGUGUGUUUCUAGUGGCAGCGCCCAUCACAGUGGGGCCUUACACAGAGGAGAUUCUGUCUCUCUGUGGAAUGGAUGGGGAAAGAUGCUGUUGCUGGAAAUCUUGGCAAAUGGAUUUGUGCCAGGCUUCUUGUCAACUCAUCCAGUGUUUGGGUGUAAAACAGACUUUGCCAGAUGUAGGAACUUGAAAAUAUCAGCUUUUUGUGGUUCAGUGAAGAUAUUUUAAUCUUAAAAACCGAGAGUUGGGAGGAAACUUAGAGGGGAAGCAAUGCAGUCACACCUGUCUUCUGACAAUCUUCAGUCCUCUGCUGUCUGUUUUGUUUUUUUUUUAAUAUUUAAGAGGAAAGGCUUCAUUCUUAGAAAAGCCUUUUUUCUUAUAUUUGAAAUAGAAGGGGUUUGUAUUUAUGUUCUCAAAUGAGACAUUUAUUUCUAAUAAUCAUGCUUAUUACAGAAUUCCUCUAGUAAUCAUGAGGAAUAUAAUCUUAUAUAUAAACUAGAAUUUUAGGAUUAUUUGAACCUUUGAGGUAAUGGUAAAACCAGUUGAUUUUACUGAUCAAUUAGAAUCAAUCUAUAUGUAUAAAAAGAGCAACAAAAUUUUUUUUACACAAAAACCCUUCUUUUGAAGGCAAAACAACUUAAAAAGUAAAACCAUUUUACCAGAUUAUUUGCUGGAGCCAGAGUUCUUUGGUAAUUCACAGGAAUUCUCCAAUGCCUGCUAUCUAUUAUAACUUUUUCCAGUUACUACUAUUUAUUCUCAUUAAGCUGCAGCAGUGCCAGGUCUUGAAGAAUUAUUUUUUCAGUAGUUUAAUCUUAAAUUGUAUCAAAUAGAUUGCAUUGAUUUUAUUAGGUUCUUGGAAUUCUUUGAAAAUUAUUGAUGGAUGGAUACCACAGUUGUCAUUGAGGUCUGUCUGAGAAUCUAUUCCAUUAUUUAGAUGUAACAAGAAAUCAGUAAUUCCUACAUGUUGGUUUCCCAACUCCUAAAUGUAACACAAUUUUAUUUUCAAAUCUAAUUUUGUGAUUUUUAGGCUGCAAAAACAUCAUUACAUCUGCUUUGACUAACUUUUAUCUAUUAUGAAUAUAUUAGAGCAGCUCAUUAGCUCAGCCCUCUUCUGUGUUGGAUAAAAAUGUUUACUGUAUUUUCUGUCAUGUAACUUGAGAGCGGUGUAUAUUUUGCUAGUAUUUUUUAAAUAGUCCAUUGCUGUAAAAUUUCAAAUAAAACCCUAAGCCCUGAUUAAAUUAAUGACCGUAAAUACCAGACCCUAUUUUCUGCAAUUCUAAAAGAGAAUAAAGGUUGUGUUUGUCUUUGCUUUA